AUGGCAAGUCAGGAUGGCCUCUUCGGUCGUUCAUUGUUGUGUCAACCUAUCCUCAAGUUCUCACAUUCCACUCUUCCUCGCACUGCGAGUCCCUCUGGCUGGAACCAUAUUCAAGCUUCGGAUCUAUUUGCUCUGAUUGAACAGCUCGAUCACAAUGACAUACAACUCAGAAUCGUCCAUGGAACCAAUGAUCUGGAGACCCUUCCACUUACUGCCAUCAUCCAAGAGACCAAGGAAAUACACAGACGACACCCAGAACAAUCUCACGAAUCUCUGCCUAUAUUUGGCCUGACCAAAGGCACUGCUCUGGCUGUUCGCUAUUUCUGCCAGAACGAUCAGAUCAGACGCAUUCAACUGCGUUUCGCCGAUGAUGCCUCCUGCAACAAAGCUGUUCGGCUUCUUUCUAGCCACGGUCUCAUGUUCUCUAUGCAACAUACCAAGCAAGUUACACAUGUUCAAGCUCGGCCCGUGACAGCCAACUCGUACAUGAAUCGACAAGCUUCUGUACAGUCUGCCCGCUUCGACCGUGAAACAUCUUCGAUCAUUGUUCCGACUGUACAAGAUGCUUUCCAAUCAACCACCUCAUAUGAACAGCAGCAGUCGAGUCAACACACCAACGAUCUGGCCAACUCACACAUGUUCACCUCGUCACCGGGUCUAAAAGUGUAUCAAACCACGAACAUCACGAGACAGCCAACAUUUGCUCCGAUCCGCACGAGCGUAGAGCCAACGGAAAGACCUUCGACCGCACCGAUCGAGUGGCCAUCAGACAUGACCAGGAAAAUGUUACCUCCUCGCAGAGAACUUCCUUGGCCCAAACCAUCCAGCAGUCCUGCAAAGACGGAGAUGCUGCCUCCUCUCCCUAAGCCAAGUUAUGCUUCGGAAGCUACAAAACCAGAUCAGCCAAUGCAAGAAAGAGCCUCAAGUCGUGCCUCGCCAGAAACAAAGGUUCAUGCAGGAAUUACAAGACUCACUACUCCUCAUGGGCCCACAAGAUUCGAGCCUCCAGCAUCCCGCAUGUACAACUUCCAAUUGAGCGAUGACUCUAUGACAGUGGACAGUGAAACUCCUAGAUACGGCAAUGCUGCACCUUCAACUCUGAGUCCGGAGAUGAAACAGGACACUAUUGCGAGCUCAGAUCGACUUCACCGCAGCAGCGCGAGUCCUGUCCAUUUCACCGGCUACAAUACGAUCAAGGAAACGCCCUUGAGUCCAGAACGUUCCACCUACUCGAGUCCCGAUCAAAUGUCGUCCUCCAGCCCAUCAGAAAGACGCAGCGAGCGCCUCGCUCAGAAGCACAGUCAGCAGAAUCCAGAAGUGCAAGAUGUUGAAAUGACAACAGCAGAUUCGCCGCAGCAAAGUGCACAAGACGUACUGAAACAAUACGCCGAACAGCCUGAUGAGACUCGUAAAAAGGCCAUCGAGCAGUUCAUCCUGGCCAGUAUCGAAGACGACAAUUUCUUGGAACUGUGUGUUGAUGUUGAGGCAUGUUGGCAGCGCCAGCUGCUGGACAGACGUAUUCACCGUUGA